CGCAAACCGCCUUUGAAGUCUUUUCUAUCUGUCUCUCUCUCUCUCUCAUUCGCUUCCUUGGCAGAGCAAUGGCCAAAGGCGACGAUGCACUAAGGAAGAAGAAAAGCAAAGCAACCCGAAAGAAGAACAGGCAGAAGGAAUCUUCCUCUGCUUCAGUCUCUAAUCGCAUCGCCGCCAUAAUUGCCGCCAAAAAGCGUCGACAGUCCGGUAAACGCCGCAACUGUCAGGGAAUGUGUUUUAGCCUUCCUACUCUUGAGGAUCCCUUCAAUGAAAGAUGUGGGACAGUGGAUUUAAAAAAAAAGGAAACAAAGAAACUUGUGCCUUCAAAAGUCGAUCGUGGAGUGGCUAUUAAUGGGAACAGUGUUGCAUCAAGGAAAAGAACUCGUGGGAAUCAUGCAAUUGCAGAUCAUCAAGAAAAGGAAAUGGUGAAGGUGAAGAACUUGGGAAAUGCACAGACACUAUCACUUGCAUCUAUUGAUAAUGUGGGGCAGAAAAAUGUUGUCAAUCUUGGAAAAACAAAGAUUCAGCUGAUUGGAGAGACUGGAGCUGCCUGUGCUCAACAUGGACAUGCCUUUGAAUACUCGGGUUGUCCAUCAAAGUUUCUUAUUCUGUGCUUGAAUUCGAUCCAGACUGCAUUAGAACAAGAUGGAUUCUUCAAUACUGAAGAGGACAAGCCUUUGUUUGUUGACACAUGGGGAAUUGAGUUUUGGAAAAGCUAUUCAGUUGGAAAAGACAUAUUGGAGACAAGUGGUGCUUGUUCUACCAUAGAACAAAUUGCUUGGAUGGCUUCAACUGCUGCUGAUACCAUUGUAAGAAAGGAGAAAGAAGGUCUAUUGCUGACAAGUCCCUUUCUUUUAUUUCUUGUACCAUCCCAAGAGAAAGCCAUUAAGGUGCGCUCAGCGUGCAAACCGUUGAAGGCUCUUGGAAUACACACAGUGAGUCUACAUCCUGGUGCCUCCAUAGAUCACCAAAUUCAUGGUCUAAAGAGUUGUGAGCCCGAGUUCCUUGUGUCUACACCUGAGAGACUUCUGGAGCUUCUUUCUUUGAAGGCCAUUGAUAUAUCUGGUGUUUCCUUACUGGUUGUUGAUGGACUGGAAACAAUUCUACAAGAUGGUUACCUUGACAUGAUUAAAUCCAUUAGGCAAUCAAUCUCUGUGAGUCCCCACACUGUGGUUUUCAAUGAUAGCUUGAGCUAUGCAUCCCAUCUUGUGGUGCAAAACCUUCUUGGGAAGUCAAUCAGCAGAUUAUCACUUAAUGACUCUAUUACCAGUCAAGGUGCAUGCAUCAUCCAAUCUAUACAUAUGUGCACCUCAGAAGAAGAAAAAUUAUCGAAGGGCAUUAAAGUCUUGGAUCAAGCUUGUCGUGAUCAACUUCGUAUGCAGCUUUCUAAGGUGCUAUUUAUAGUUGGGAAGGAUAGUAACAUUCAGGAGUUAGUUACUGCCAUCAAGUCGAAAGGUUACUUUUUCUCAAUAAACUCGGGUUAUACUAGUAAUUCCGAAAUUGAGAACAGCAAAAGUGGACCUGUAGUCUUUGUAGUCGACCUGGUACACGUUAAUACAAGUGAUUUAGGGGAGUUUGAAGUUGUAAUUGUUUCUGAUUUUGCACACUCAAUUGACAACUACGUCCAGAUGCUGACAAGGAUGGCCCGCUACACUGUCAGUGGUGCAUUGCACAGCUUGUUAACUGCAGAAGAUGCAAUGCUUGCAGGACCGCUGAUUGAAAUCCUUGAAAAAUGUGGUCAAGCUGUGCCUGAAGCCUUAAGAAAUCUCUGUCACUCUACUUGUAUGUUGGAACAUUGAACUCUUGAAUUUUGUCCCUCCAUUUUUUUUUCAAGAACAUCAUUUUUGGCGCAAAAAUUCAAGUAAAAUAAUUUUUGUGAGUUUAUAUGUAGAGGCAAUUCGAGUUUGAAGAUGAAAAUUCAUGUUGUUUGUUAGUUUGAGUAGCUUUCAUGGUAUUGAAAGUUGCAUAAUAUGAGGAUGGAUGAUUAUCGAUAAAAGAUUGGCUUAACGAGUGUGAAAGAACACACUUGGCUCGAAUAUGAGAGCAGUCAGUCACUUUGUGCAAAUAUUGCCAAAAUUAUCAUCUUGGCAAAAUUUUUGUACGAAAUAUCAACUCCUCCAAUUUUAAUCAUAGCUUUGAUAGAUCCUCUGGUGCUGCAA